CGCCAGCGGGAGUCACAGAGGUAGCGCGGUUCCAGUGCUAGAGCCGUUCGCGCUCAGCCCCCGAUGGCCAAGCGACACGCGGAGCCGCUAGUGUGUCACGUGCCCUGGAAGCGUUUCCUACCCGAGCCGCCUGCGCUGCUCCGCGCGCCCGGGAAGCGGCCGCGGGACGGCCCCGAGCCGUGGAGUCCCGCCCGCGCGGUACCUGGGGGCCCUGGCAAGAAGCGGAAACUGGAGGAGGCCGAGGCGCCUCCGGGGAAGCGGCCUGGACUCAAGGGCAACGAGCCCGAGGAGGAGUCCGGAGACCCCGCCAGCCUGGGAGGGACAAUGCGGCAACAGCGCGGGGGGGACGUAGGGCCGCGGGCGGAACAGGCGAUGCGGGCAGGCGGCAUCGGCUUUGGGGCGCGAAGCCCGGAUCCUCGGGGGGAAGAGCGGGGAAGCGAUGAGCAUAAGGAAGAAUUUUGGCAAUACAACUCAUUCCAGUACUGGAGAGCACCAUUACCUGUUAUUGAUCUGUCUGUCAUUCUGGACUUAGAUGGGAAGAACAUGACAGAUGCAAGAACUACUUCCAGGACUGAAAUCAUAGAGACUGAAAUGGAGACCUGAGUAAUUAAUUCCUUGUAGCAAAUCUAUUUUGAGGAGGCUUGUUUCUGUCUGUGUUCAGGUUUUUACUACUUUGGAACAAUAAGUAUGUUUCUGACAUUUUGAAAAAAGAAUUUUAUACUUUUGUCAAUCUGCACAAGUAAGGAUGGGUUUGUUUACAUUGAAGGGUCAUUGUUGGACACUUGCCAAUAAACUGGAAAGGUGAAUUUAUCUAUACAAUGAAGAGAAGGCUACUGAUGCAGGACUGGCAGAAAUAUUUGAAAACAUGGAUUUGUAACAAUUUGUAGAAAAUCAGAAUUUAUUUCUGGACUUUCAGAGCCAGCAAAAUGAAUAGCUUGGAGCAUUACCUGUUGAAGACAAAUGCCAAAACAUUCCUCCUGCCGUGAACAGAAAGGAUGUAGUUAACAUACAUAAAAGUGAGACUUUUAUACCAUGCACUUAUUUAAAAAACUACACCAAAACAGCCACCUUUACAAUCUUUUCUGAUGUUUUUGCUUUAGAUAUUGAACAAAAACAAUCAAUCAGAUUUCUGUGCAAACCAGAAAUGACUAUGGUGGGAUAUUCUUUUCUGCUCAGAGCUGCCCUAAGUUACUUCACCUUCUCUCUAGUGAUAACUCGAAGCAGUGGGUGGCUGAUGGGUAUUUUGUUUUCUUUUUCACAUGCUCAAGUUAGUGCUAUUCCCGUUAUUUGUGUCAUUGGGUUUAGAACAUUUUGUGGAGUUGAACUGCCUGAGAUGUACAAAGCUGACAAGAAGAGCAGUGUGAAAUGAUUAGGCAUGUUUUCAGGGUUGAGUGAUUUAGGUCCUGGGCCUGCAAAGACUUGAGCACAUACAUAACUUUUCACACCUAUAUAGUUCCAUUGAGUUAAUGUGCUGCUGCAGGAUUGGGACAUUAGAGCUCUUGUCGGUAAUAAUUGGCUGAAAUUAGAUGUCUUAUCAGUGAACUUUGAUUUCCAUGUGAUUUGUCUCCAAGUAUGGUGGAAACGAGAUAUUUUUGUUGGUAUCAUAUCUGCUUUGAGAAAGUUUUUGAUAAAUUUUUAAAAAACUUAUUUUGUUAAAAAUAAUAAAGUUUUCAAUGUAGAUUUCAGCAUUUUUGUACUAUAUUUAAACUACCCAACUUUUCUUCUGUCUUCAGAAUGUUAUUUACAUAAUUGUAAUUUGUUAUUGCUUGGAUAUGUUUGUUUACAGUACUAAGUUGGAUUGCCUACUUAGUAAACAUUUGGAAAAUC